CUCCGCGGCACGGAGUACACUGGCUACUACGCCUCGCUCGGCUUCGCCUGGGCUCGGCUUGCGGGCGCACGCGUCGCAAGCAUCGAAGGCCUCCCCGCGUGCUCGUACGUGGACUACAUCGCCGACACCGUCUCGCGGAACUCCCUCGACCACGGCGUGCGCGUGAACAGCGUGUUCAGCAGCUACCGAUUCAGCGUGGGCAACUACUCGCAGCGAUUCGGCGACCUCGCGGGCCCGGUGUUUCCUGACCUGGACAACCUGACCAUGGAAGGCAUCCUCACGAACGGGACCGAGCCCGAGACAGUCGUCACACCCUACUUGGCGGCCUACCUCGGAGAGCCCUUCACGGACGCGGAGUCGUAG